GGCCUCAAAAUGAGUCCGACUCCAGCAAACAACGAAAAGAAACGUGUUCGUCAUCAACCAAGAACAAACUGAAAAAGACAAGUUUAUCAGCAACAUUGAAACUAGAAACUCAGCAGCAUGUCUGAGGCUUUAAUCAGGCGAAUAAAGGAGCUGGAGGCAGACCUGGAGAAGCUGAAGUCCCAGCUGAAGGAGAGGGGUGAAGCCGGAGAUGACAUGGAGCUGAAGUCCAAUCCAUCCCCUAAUGAAAACACACACUGUACAUCUGACACUAACACCACCAGCAGCAGCAAAAAGGGUAAGAAAGCAAACAAAGAGCGUCCUUUUGACUUCUCUGCCAACCCCCGGCGCCAUGUGGCUCUGCGGCUGGCCUACCUGGGAUGGUCCUACCACGGGUUCGCAGUUCAGGAGAACACGGACAACACUGUGGAGGCCAGACUGUUUGAAGCUCUGCUAAAGACACGGCUGAUCCAGGACCGACAGAACUCCAACUACCACCGGUGUGGUCGCACUGAUAAAGGAGUCAGUGCUUUUUCCCAGGUCAUAACCAUUGAUUUGCGCUCCACACAGUUUUGCGGAGGACUUGGCGUCGCAGUCCCUGAAAAUGUUGUUGUUAGCGCCAAGAGUAAAGCUGCUGGCUCUGAGCUUCCAUAUGUGAAGAUGCUGAACAGAGUCCUGCCCCAGGACAUCAGGGUCUUGGACUGGUCACCAGUAGCUGAGGGCUUCAGUGCACGCUUUGACUGUAAAUCACGCACAUACCGCUACUACUUCCCCCGCGGAUCGUUGGAUUUGACGUUGAUGGCAGAAGCUGCAAAAAGAUACGAGGGCACUCAUGACUUUCGCAACCUCUGCAAGAUGGAUGUUGGCAACGGAGUCCUGCAGUUUGAGAGGACCAUCUUGUCGGCAUCAGUCCAGCCUGUGCGGCCUCAGCUCGUCUCCAGCACGGACCAGAAUGACCUCUUCAUAUUUGAGAUCAAAGGACUGGCCUUCCUUUACCACCAGGUACGAUGCAUGAUGGCACUGCUUCUCCUGAUCGGGCAGAAGCUGGAAGCCCUGGAGAUAAUUGAUCAGCUCCUGGAUGUUCAGAGCAACCCCAGGAAGCCCCAAUACAGCAUGGCAGUAGACUACCCACUAGUGCUGCACGACUGCCACUUUGAAGGUUUGAGCUGGAAACUGGAGAGCGAAGAGAUGACCCACGUUCUGUCUACGCUACAACAACACUGGACCCAGAGUGCAGUCAGGAGCCACGUCCUCCAUGGGAUGAUCCAGGGUCUGGAGGCCAGAGGUGGAGUGUCGUCUAAUCAUUGCUUGCUGGUAGAAGGCAGCAGGCAGAGAAACUACCGGCCCCUGCUGGAGCGUCCAUGCUGCGAGAGCCUGGAGUCCAGAAUAAACCAUUUUGUCAAAAGAGGCCGGCUGGAGCGGGAGCAAGGGGAGAAUGGAGGUGAAAUGGUCCACAGAGGGAAAAGGUCCAAACAUUCCCACGACUCCCCAAAUCUACCUGUACCUUCAGAGAUGCCCCCGUCAACUUAAAGUACAGAUCAACAAGCUGAACAUUUUCUCACAGCAGAAUGAACUUAUGUUCUGUUGUCAUUUUUGUUGAUGCGAAAACAUAGUUUUUACAUUUUAUUUCAGGUUAACAAAACAAUGGAUUUACCCCCUUUUUUUUUUUUUUUAUUAUUCCAUAAAACUGUGUUUGCAUUUUCAU